AUGCUCUGUCGGAUUCAAGUACGCUGGAAGGCUCGACGAAAUAUCGAAAACCAGCGUUUCCGUGGUCUUAACGCAGCAAUUAUUCAGCGGGCAGCACGGCGAUUUAUCGGAAGAAAGAUGGUGUCUGCAGUGGUUCGACGCCGUCAAUUUCUAGCAGAAGAGAGUGCAGUGGGUAAAGUCCUCGAGGACAGGACUCGCAGACGCGUGAAGGACGAGUUGUUACUGCAGAGCUUUACCUUCAAAUCUGUGAAAACUGCUGAUGACAAAGAAAGCAGUACUCAAGUGGAGUGUCGUAUUGAUCGAGCACUGUAUACUGUGGACUUGGAGAAAAAACAAUGGAAACGAAAAGGAUAUGAUGGAAUUUGGCAGGAAGUAUUUCGGAAUGCCGCUGGCAACUCAGUAGAAAUGGAUAAUUCUCAUUUUGCGAGAUUUCUCAAGGCUCUGCCGCAUGCUUUCAUCCAUAAGACCCAUUACCCAAUGCAGAACGCUGAUGUCAUUUUUGCGAAAAUGAAGGAACCUAAGGCGAAGACAAUAUCGUUUCCAAGAUUUAACAAGGCCAUUUUAAUGCUUUUGAAAGAGAAAUUUGUGGAUUCGACGGAGACAAAAGGUUUAGAGCCUGAUGACAUUGGCGGUGACUUCGAGCGUUUUCUUCGGUUCAUGAAUCGCUUUGUACUACCGUCGACGAUUCAAAAUGGAAAAUACAGGAAGUUGCUGGAAUUGCAUUGUACGAAGCGAUUACUGUGGUCGGUCAAGAUAUUGCGGAGGUUUGCGAUCCGCAUUGCUUCGAAGCGAAGACACGAUGAGUUCGUGAUCAUUCUCCGUGAGCAACAAAUUCAGAAACAGUGUAGUAAAAGUGCUGCAACAAUCCAGCUAGCGUAUCGCUGUUAUAAGUUUCGCUUGCAGCUGAAGGCGAUGCUUGCCAGCAUGUUUACUGAAUUUAUCGACCAUACUGGACGUACAGUGAAAUUCCAACACAUUGCUAGUGGGAAAGUCCUCACGAAGCGACCAGUUUUCUUGAGGGGAGUAGUUUGCAGCAAGAUUAUCCCAUUACCAUUUCCUGGUGAGGGGUUCAACGCAUAUUGUGAACGCCACGAAGACAGUACUGAUUCAAAUGCAUCGAGAGUUCCCGCGCAGGUUUACUGUGUCGAGUGUGAAGAUGCUAUGUGCAACGUCUGCUUUGAUAGAGACCACAAACCACGGAAAGCUUUUCAGAGGCACCAGCCGCGGAAGAUUCAAAAGUGCAGUCACUGUGGAACGGAAACUGCGACGAGAGAGUGCCUACAAUGUGGGAACGGCAAAGUUCCCUUUUGCGAUCCUUGCUUUCCACACGUACACAAACAGCUAUUCAAACACAAAAAGCAAUUAUCUCAUCAUGAAGCUACGCAAGAAAUCAAGCUGGAUGUAGGAGAUCUAGUAGUGGAGAAUCAACACAAAUUCCAAGCGCUGGUUGUCAUGUGCGUUGAGUGCUCUGAUCGAGUAGCUCAAUGGUCUUGCGAAACGUGUUUGGAUGAUUUUUGCAAGCGCUGCAUGAGUUCAUAUCAUGCUAAAGGACAGAGACAACACCAUCAUUGUCAUCGCUUGAAUUACUUCUCUAUUCUUCGACAGAAAGCAGAACAAAAGCGCGAUACAGACGCCGAAAAGGACCGAGAGAGGCGACAGAAGCAACGUGAAGAAAUGAAACGACAACAAGAAGAGGAACUCAAGCGACAGAACCUCGCUGCUGCAAAAAUCCAAGCGCUUAUUCGAUCGUUCGUUGUGCGUCAAUCUGGAAAGGCAUACAUGAAGUUAGUUCGACAGACUCAAGCAGCGCGCGCUCAGCGGAAAAAAGACGAUAAAGUUCGAGCGUCCAUCGUCUACAAGAUGAAAGCUGUGUUUGGUGUGUCCCCAGCCUUAAAGUCCGACACGAAGCAAGAGAUCGAGGCGCGUCGUAGAUGCUUUGAAAAUAUCAAACGUACUCUUUUCCUCCAGCGGCCACCAGUGGAUAAAUCCAAGCGACCAAAGAAGCGCUGGAGUAAGAAUCAAAAGGCUCGAGUUUUGGAGGCUGCCAGAACUUGGUGCGGCUAUGAUGAGCCAGUGAAAAUUAUUAGGGGAGAAUGGAAAAAUUGUGUAGGAACGAUCGUAUCGGCGCAAAAUUUGAUACUUACCGGAAGUGUGCUGGUUUUUGUCCCUCUAGCCAACCGAUCUGCAGUUGUUCGAUUCGAGGACAUUGUACCAUACGACCAAGACGGCGCUUUACGCCAAGCGUAUGAAUCACCUGCUCUAGUAGCUGUGAACAUCACGAGAGAUUUCCGGAUAAAAAUCUCACAAAUCUUGGAGGCUGCAGUCCGGAAGGCACGCUUGUUGUACUUACAAACAAUCGAGUUCAAGCGUAUUACGCAAUAUGCAUGGGUUGUCGACUAUGACAAGCAUGAACAGAAGGUAGAAUAUUGGAAUGUGGUGCUCAAUCGACGCGUUUCAAGUCCACCCAAGGCGAUGGAGUUAAUCGAGCGAAUGGAACUCGAGGACCGGGAAAAGUUAGAGAAGCGUGUGGAGUUAGCCAAGAGCAAACUCGUUGCGUUGCUGAACCCAUUUGUAUCAAAGAACAAGCCUAAGCUGGCGUUACGGAGAAAUGCUAUUGUAUUCAUAUCAAAUGGCGUGAAUGCAGAGACUGAAAACACUGUAGUUACAUCUCUGAAGCGUGAGAUGGAGGCCAUCGACGGAGCUCGUUUCUGGCACGACAAGGUGGUUCCAAACAGGCAAUUUGGCGGCAAGAAGGCACAGAAAUUCCUUGCUGUUUCUCCGUCCAAGGCUUGCUGGUCAAUCGCCAAGCUCUUCAGUUGGAUGGAUCUGCACGAGGACGGCGGAUUCGAACCUCACGCUAAGAAACUACUGAGGCUGACAGAAGACCUUCAGGUCUACGUGGUGCAGGAGGUGAGCGAGCGCUUCGAGAAAUCGGGAGACGUGAAACUCGCGAGAGAUAAACUGCUACAACUGAUGAACUUAAAGGAGGCGACGCUGCAGUUGCUCAUGACCAAGGAUCAGCGAGACGCUGAGGAAGAAGAGGCUCGGCAAGUGCAGUGA